UACGCCACACCCUGUAUGUAAAGGAAAUCAUUCAAUAAUUAUAUAAAUAUGCAUGUACCUUUUCUGACAAGAGUUUAGAAAGAAAAACUAUAUAAAAUCAACAAUAAGAAUUGCUUAAUUAAUUAUCUCUAAGUAAUUUUGGUAGUUGCCCACACAAGCAGACGCUGGACGUCAGAAAAUUUACAGAACUUGACUACUACGACAGUUAAUUGAUUUUUGUGACAGCGGACUUGAUUCAAUUUGUGCCCAAUUCCAAAAAACUUGUUUAUUUGCUGAUUUCCAUUAAAGAAAAAGAUAAACACUGGUUAUUCGUUUCAAAAUGGACAAGCCAACGAUUGCUGAUAAUCCGCAGUUAAUUUUUCAAGAAAUUAACAAGCUCGUCGAAGCAUUGGACGACCACCAACAACAACGUGUGAAAUUGAAGAUGUCUAUGGACCAAAAGCACAUUUAUUAUGAAGACUUACAGCAGCAGGAGAAAACAUUGAAAUCGAAUAAUGCUUCGAAGGACACUUCUUUGACAAUGACUAAAGACCGGCAACGUGCUGCUACUGAGAAAAAUUCAUAUUACAGGAAAAUUAUCGAUGAAAUAUGUGAAUCGGUUAAUGCUGCUUACGAAAAUAUUUACGAAAUUAGCGAAAACCUAAACAACAACCAAGAAAAAUUACAGUCUAUGGGAAAAAAUGCGAAUAACAACGUAAGUCGUUCAGACAAGAAAAUUGGUGAACUCGUUACCAUCUUUAAUCAGUUGAAAGAUAAACGCAAAAAGGGCUUAGAAGAGUUAGAAAUUCAAAUGACAGAUAUUGGAAAAGAAAACACAGAACUAAACCAUAAGAAUACAGAAUAUGAAAAUAUUCUUCUAAGUUAUGCGGAUAAUGACGAGGAUCUUUCAGAACUUAUUGAAAAAGAAUUAACCGAACUUCAAGGCAAAUUAAGCACUUUACAUGACGAGUAUAGCGCGAUUACAGAAGAGGCCCGCACAAUUGAUACUUGUAAUGAAGAGGUUGCGGACAAAUAUCAGGAGUCUAUAUUUUCUGAGUUGGAAUCGCAAUUAUCAAAUAUAAUAUUGGAUGUUGCGCAACUUUGCCAAAACAAAGACCACCAGAAAACUGUUGAACAUAAAUUAACCACUUUCGUUCAAACCCUGGAAGAUAGCGAGAGCACAUUAAAUGCAGGACUGAACGAUACCGUUAAUAUUUGGACGGAAGUAUUGCAAAACGAUUACAUGCGCAGACAUUUAAAACUUCGCCAAGAAAUUGAAGAAAUUCGAGCUUAUAUAGGAAAUCAUUUCAAACCUAGUGUUGGAGAGAAAACCUACUUAAACAGUCUAGAAUCACUCGAAGAAUUAGAUGAGAACAUCUCAAAUACAACAACAGACGUGACACAGUUAUCAACAGAACUGAAUAAGAUAGAACAUUUAUUGGAUUCACUGAAGAACUCAGAUGAUCUUUCACAAAAGAUUCAAACUGUAACCAAUCGCAUUGAUCAACUGUAUAAUGAAAAAGCCGCGAUUCAAAUCAGCGUCAAUGCUACUAGUGACGAGAUACAAAAAGCGACUGAGCAGCUGCCAGAGAAAGCAGAUAAAGGGGAAUUGGCUAUACUAACUUUCGAAAAUACUUCUUUGCUAGAAGUGAAAGUGCUAAACAAACAGCAUGCUGAGAUGCAGGAAAUUCGUAUCAAGUUAGAUGAUGAAUUGAAGGCAUUGGAAAAUCAAUUAAAAGAAUUAGAAGCGUCUAUAAAUGCCCGCAAACAGGAAGCCGAACUUGUGUCGCAGAGAAGGAAAGAUAUAGAUAGUCUGAUACGAUCCCAGCAGACUAGUGCAGCUCCAACUGUACAAAUGCACACAAAGAAGACUGCUGCACAUCAUGAUUUUACUCGUCCAAAGACGCCUGAAUCCUCGACUAAAAAACGGAAAACAGCGCAAAGUGCAAACAUAAAAAAGAAUUGGGAUAGUGACAGUAGUAUGGAAGAAGAAAUAGUGAACCUCAGUGACCUUUUGAAGGCAAAGCAGAGAAAGCGAAGAACCACUGAAAAGUAACGGGAGGAAUGUUCAACGUUAAUAGAAAAAAUAUUGUUAAAUCAAGUUCAACAGCACUUUCUUGUUUUCACGUUGAAGCACACUUAUUUUCAUUCAGUUACCCAGAAAUCUGUUUAUUACCUACCAAAUAAUGUUAUAAGUGCUGAUAGAAAGAUAAUUAAAAAUAUAGAACAAAACUCUAUGUUCAAUUAAAAUAGUUAACGAAUGUUGGAUUACAUUGGCAAGACACUAAUAAAUAUAUGCAGAAUACUUUCUGAAACGGUA